AUGCAUCUUUUGGGCUCUUUGCUUAACAAGAAGAGCAAAAUUUGCCUUCUUCAGCAGCUUGGUGACGUGCGGCACGACUCUCGCCCGGCACCCCCCUGCCCGGUACGGCACGGCCCGGUGAAGCCCAGCCCGGUACAGCCCGGCCUGGUACAAUCCAGUGCAUCUCGGCACGGCACAGCCCGGUGCAGCCUGGCACAGCCCGGUGGAGACCGGUACCGCCCGGUGCAGCCCGGUAUAGCACGGUGGAGGCCGGCACAUCCCGGCACAUCCCGGUCGCAGUUCGCCCUGAAGUUCCUGGACCCCUCCUUCGUCCCCAUCACCAACUCCCUGGGCCAGGAGCUGCAGGAGAAGCCCUCCAGGUGGGCCUUCAACCGGACGGCGUUCGCGCACCAGAGGCAAGAAAUCCUUCAGCAUGUCGACGUCAUAAAAAAUUUUUCUUUGACCAAGAGCAGUGUUCGGAUUGGACAGCUGAUGCAUUACGACUAUUCCAGCCACAAGUAUGUUUUCUCCAUUAGCAAUAACUUCAGGUCGCUGCUCCCCGACGUGUCUCCGAUCCUGAACAAGCACUACAACAUCUGCGCCGUGGUGGGGAACAGCGGGAUCCUCACCGGCAGUCAGUGCGGCCAAGAGAUAGAUAAAUCUGAUUUCGUUUUUCGCUGCAAUUUUGCUCCCACUGAGGCUUUCCAAAAAGAUGUCGGAAGGAAAACCAACCUCACCACCUUCAACCCCAGCAUCCUGGAAAAGUACUACAACAAUCUUUUGACCAUUCAGGAUCGCAACAACUUCUUUUUAAGUUUGAAAAAGCUCGAUGGGGCCAUUCUUUGGAUCCCUGCUUUUUUCUUCCACACGUCAGCGACAGUCACGAGAACACUGGUUGAUUUCUUUGUUGAGCACAGAGGGCAGCUAAAGGUCCAGUUGGCUUGGCCGGGAAAUAUAAUGCAGCAUGUGAACAGAUACUGGAAGAACAAGCACUUGUCGCCCAAGCGGCUGAGCACAGGUAUUCUCAUGUACACCCUUGCUUCUGCCAUAUGUGAGGAGAUCCACCUGUACGGAUUCUGGCCCUUCGGGUUCGACCCCAACACGCGGGAGGACCUCCCGUACCACUACUAUGAUAAGAAGGGAACGAAGUUCACGACCAAGUGGCAGGAGUCCCACCAGCUGCCUGCAGAGUUCCAGCUGCUCUACAGGAUGCACGGUGAAGGACUGGCCAAACUCACCUUGUCGCAUUGUGCCUAAGAACCUAAAUCUUGAAGUGCCAAAUGAUUGUCUAAAAAGUGCCCAAAACCGAAUUAAACAUUCUUCAGAUAUAAUUCUUAAAAAAAAAAAAAGAAAAAGAAAGAAAAAACCCACCCUAAAAUAUUUUCCAUAAUAUAAAGAUCCUUUUUAGUCACCCUUGUCACUGCUCAUCAAAGGGUUUAAGCAUAUUUAGCAGUGCAGAACGUUUAUCAAAUUCUGUGGAUGCUAUUCAUACAGCAGCAAAAGUUGAAAUAUUUUGCAUUUAUAGAUAUGCCACUAAGUACAUUUUAAGAUAUUUUCAUAUUUUAGCAUUCCACAAAAUCCCCAGAAUCUCUUAAUUUUAUUGUCCCUUCGCUAUUAGAAUUAGAAAUGCUAAUUUUAAAAGGUUUUGCUUCUCCUGUAUAUGUUGCUAUCAAUAGCUCAGCAUACAUAUAUUGCCAUGGUGGGUUGAGAAAGCCACUCUGAAUUCCAGUUCAUCAUCCCUUGCAAGUUCUUCAGUGUGGAUCCGGACUUCCACCGCUUGCAUAUUUUCGUAUUUACUGAAUUUUACAUUUUUUAAAGAAUAAUGUAAAGAAGAAGGUCACAAUAUGGCUUGUACCUUAGCUAGGCAUUUGUAUUGCUCUCAGAGCACUUCAGCGUUUUAAUUCUGUUUGGGCCAAAUCCCAGUCCAAACCAGCCAGGCUGAAACAGGACAUUCCCUCCCGUGCCGUACCAUUUGGUCUCGUGAUUUUGAAGUUAAACCGCUGCCAUGAGUGGAGUUGGGUUUCUCUGGAGACGUGCUGGGGGAGAAGAGCCCCAAACCCCCGUGUGGGCACCCCCCUCUGUGCCUGCUCUCCACAACCCCCGACUAUGGGGGGUCCUUUGGGAGGACGAUCCCCCCGAGCAGAGAGCACGGGGGCUCCUGCCUGUCCCUUUGCACCCACAGAUCCCCCUCUCCCCCUCCUGGUACCCGGUGUUCCCCCUUGCUGAGCUGCACUCUGCUUUUCGGUGCAUCCCACCCAAAAUCCCCUCCAUCCCGUGGUGGCCAUGGGGGCCCAGCGAUGCCGGGUCUGUAGGGAGCAGUAAUAGCCUUCAUUAGCCCAAUUAACGGUGACGGGGCAGACGGGCCAGCCGGCCCCUUGGGUCAGCAAGUCUCCAGGUGUCCCCCCGCGGUGGCCAGGGUGGUCCUCCCCAGGAGCAGGGUGCCUGGGCAGGGACCCAGUGGUCCAGUAGCCACAGUUGGGCUGCUGCUGGCAGUCGGGCACCGGGACUUUUAAAAAUGGGUUUUAAAGGGAAGCGAGAGCAGCAGGAGCGCAGGGAAGAGGAAAUGCAGUUACCAGAUUUAUCCCAUUUGCAUCUCUAAAUCCACAGCCAGACAACUAAGUCAGUGCCCCCGGUUUCCCCUCACCAACAGCCACCCUGGGCGGUCACGGGACCACGCGGCUCCCUCGGUACCCCUGAAAACCAGGCUGUUUGUAGAGAGGACAAACCUUAGUGUCACUUAGGUUUGAAAAUGUUGGCCAUUAUGACUCAGGAUAAAGAAGCCUGUGAAGUAGUUGGGUUUCUUAUUACAAUUAGUACGCUUACAAGUAUUUUAACAAUUUUCUACUAUUCUGUAUGAUGCUGGGAACUGACUAUGCGCUGAAAGAAGGUGCAAAAAUCCAGUUUAAAGUCAUACUUUAAGACGGCACAUUUUAAUUUUUCUCAGCCUCUUUGCCUACAGGCAGACGUAGGUGAGGAAGGAGAUCUCGAGUACGGUGUGGCCCCGGAGCAUCCCCCGGUGCCCGCUGCCGUGGCACCGCAGCCCCCCGAAGCCGUGCCCUCCCUCUCCCCGUGCCCCAGCUGGAGGGGGAGCUGGUUGGCUUAUCUUCCCCCCCCAUUUUAAUUACCCCAUGGUUUCUGGCUUUUGCUUUUCCAAAGGCUGUGUAGGGCGUGCUGUGGAGGGUCCCCCCGGUGCCGCGGCGUGCACAGACCCCCUCCCGCCGGCAGCUCGGCGUUCCCGGGCUCCGGCUCCCCGUGCUGUCAUGUCAGACCCACACUCCUCACCGCUCCCACGGCACGGCACGGCCUCUCCCAGCUGUGAUUGCGGAGACAUAGUUGUGCAGUGAUGGUGGUGUCUGAUGCCAUAUGGUGCCCUACGAGUCGUGCUUGAUAUUAUCACCUAUUCUUUGUGUCGCAGUCGGGCGCGAGGGCCAGGGAGCAGCUGGGCUCUGCUGGGUGCAGACCCCCACAGAGAGCAAGGGCAGGCGGCCCUGGGGGAAGGACUGAGCCCCCUGACCCCUCAGGUCCUCUUGGUGUGAGGGUCUGCGGGGUCACAGGACGCCAGGACGGUGUGUCCGAGCAGGGAGAUGUGGGGCCAGGAAGACCCCAGCAGCGCCAGCCCCCCCCGAGUCCUGUGGGGUACCCUUCUGGAGCAGGCGGGUUCCUUUUGCCCCAAAACAAAAAAGAGGAGUUGCACAGGGAAGGAAGAGUUUGUUAAUGAACUGCAUAAACUGCCCCAGUGCAGGAUUCCUCAUUAUUUGUUUUUAAAAAUUCAAUUGCCUUGCCAGUCACAAUAAACCUGGGGAAGUUGCCCCCGGUUGGAAUUUCUCUUCUCCCCACAACCCUCCCCCCCAGCCUGUUUCCUGAGGCUGUGCUUGGCAAUGGGGGGUCUGGGGCGCCCCGCUGCACCCCCAGAUUGUGGAGAGGAUGGUGACAGAAAGGUGUUUUAAUGCACAGUACCUUAAUUUGAUCUUGCUAAAUUGAAGCAAAGGGAGUGCCUCCCUCUGGCUCAUCCUGCUUGUGGCACGGUCCCAUUAUUACCAGCAAACCCAGCUGGAGGGGUCUCUGGGGAGCCCCAGUGCCCUGCAGCCCCUUCCCACCCCCAGAGAGGGACGGGACCCCCCGUCGGUGCCGGGAGAUGGCCCUGGCAGCAAAGCUGGAACUUUCCAGAGGCACAAAGAGGCACUGAGUGCAGAGGAGGAAGCACGAAAACGACUGCAAAUAUUCGGAAAUGGGAAUACAGAAAAAUUAUUGACAGAGCGCCAUAUUAUAUCAUUGAUUUUUAAGCAAAACUCCCCAUCGAUUUUUCAGAACCACAUUGAACAUUUCAGAAUCAUUGAUUUUAAUGGGGAGUUCUGCCCCAAAAUCAAUGGCGCAAUACAGCCCAAAGUAAAUUGCUUCUUAGUAUCAAUAUUUUUUGUCCGAGCUCUUGCAAUGUGGAAAACCAUCUUAAAAUGUGCAUCUUUUGUUUUUGCCUGUUUUCCUGGAUGCUCUUUGAAUUCUGCUUUUAUAGAGGGACUGGAAGGGAAGGGCACCUCGUGCCGACUGCUGGGACCAGCAGUGGCCCAGGGUGGGCUCUGCUCCCCCAGGCAGGACAAGACCCCCCGAUACUUUGUGGUGAGACUGGGCUCUUUCCCAAAUCCCCCAUUUUCAGGCUGGUUUUCGGGUAGGAUCUCGUAUUGGGGUGCUGUGCGUCCCAGAGCAGCAAAGUGGGGUUUGCCCUGACGGCUCUGGGCUCGGCCUCCUUUUCUCUCUGUGCUGGAUUAUGACGUGGGCAAUUCUGGUUUUGUAGGAAAUGAGGUGCCCUGAGCUGCUCCCCGCUAUGGAAUGUGGGUCCCAGGGGCAGGGAGGUGCCAGGACCCGCAGGUGGCACCUCCAUUGGGUACCACUGGGGCUGGACUCUUCCUUCCCAUCUCCUUACCCCAAAAUCUUCCUGCCUCCGUCUACCUAAGCGAGUUCCUGCUGGCUGGGGGACAGCACUGGCUACGGGUACUGAAUGUCUGGUGAGGAGAAUAUCACUAAACAAACGUAUGCGAAACAAGACGCGAUCAAUAUUUGUAAGUACAAAACAUUUUCGUUUACAAAAUCAGGAGAAUCCCUUCUGGCCAGCUCCAGGGGAAGGGUCCAGUGGGACGCGGAGCCCACUCACCCCCAGGCUGCCUGGACAGUGUACUGCACACGGUAGCCACCGGAGGCAAGCGGUGGCCACAUCCUGCUCCAUCCCCUCCGCCGAGGGAUGGGUGCUGCGGGCGACGGGGGGGUGGUCAGGCUGCUGGGCAGGGGGUGUGAAGAAAGGCUGUACAUAAGGGUGGAAAUACGUGUGUUACCUUCUCUUCUUUUACACAUCUCGGGUUUGUAUUUGCGUUGCUUGCAUCUUUUCAGUGGCUGGUAGCAAGAGACGCUGAAACAAAGUCAUUUUGGCUGCCGGUUUUAAUUGUGGAGUAUACCAAAAAGCAAGCGUUUGUGAAAUAUAACUAACUGUGAACGGAGGUUGCAAAAACAGAUCGUUUAGAAAAAAGCAGGUUUUCUGUAAAUGAAUGUGUCUUUAUUCUAAUGGCUAUACAGUUCAAUGCCUGACGGAGUUGUUUUCAAUAAAAAAAUAAGAUAAAUAUUUAAAAAACAAAAAAAAGAAAAAAAAUGCCAUAAUUGUAAUAAAGGAUUCAUUAUUUAUCGGCCAUACUAAAAGCAUUAUUUAUUUUUCAAUGGCUAAUUGUUCGUAAGGGGCCAGGGCACAGUCUCAGGUGAAGGGCGAAGCCGCGCGCAGGGUGUGAAACAGGCUGCAAGCCCAGCUGGCCUCCAGCCCUGCUCCCCGGGAGAGCCCCCGCGGCCCCGGCCGGGGGGCAGCGUGCCCUGGGCAUGCUGGUGAGCGAGGCCCUGGCCCCCUCUUCUCGUGGCGGAGUAACCGCGUCCUCGUCGUGAGCAUCCUCCCCGGAGAAGGAGGCCACCGCUCCUCCGGGACCUCUCGGCAACGUGAUUCUUUGGUGUGAAUGUGCCUGCAACAUUGACGCGUGCCAAAACACAAUAUUGAAUGCGUUGUUUUUAAAUAAAAAUGUUUUAUUGUGCAUUGGAAGUCUGUAAAA